GGCGGAAUUCCAUACUGGUCUGGUCUGGUCCACCGUGAACUUCGCAGCACGGGAAUGACAUGCUUUCUUUUUCGGGCAUCUAAGGACUAAAGUGUUUUUUAUUAAUUUUUUUAAAGCCAGAUUUAUUGAAUCCGAGGCUGUUACGGGGAGGGCUCCAUGAAUGUUCGUCACCAUGAUGAUGACGGACCAAAUGCUGGACCUCCCUCCACCACUGAGCAACGAGGUUCCCAUGAUGCACCAUAUGAUCAAUGGAGAUGCAUCACAACAGGUAAUCCUAGUCCAGGUGAAUCCAGGUGAGACAUUCACCAUCCGCACGGAAGAUGGGGCUUUGCAGUGCAUCCAAGGGCCUGCUGAAGUUCCCAUGAUGUCACCAAACGGUUCCAUUCCACCAAUCCAUGUUCCUCCCGGCUACGUCUCCCAGGUCCUAGAGGACAAUACGGGUGUGUGGAGGGUUGUGGUGACACCUCAUUCUGAAUGUUACCCUCCCAGUUACUCCCCGGCUCUGUCCCCAAGCCAUCACAUCCACCCUCCGUACCUGACACACCCCCACUUUAUACCAGCCUCACACACAUCAUACUACCCUCCCGUCAGCCCUGGGGACGUGCCCCCACAUCAGUUCUACCACCAUCGACUGCCACCCAUCUACCCAGAAGAGAUCAUCCCUUUGUAUAACGUCUCCACUUUCAUGGGUCAUGAGGAGUACUGUAAACCUCCACCCAAGAAGCUCAAGGAGCGUACAGGGAUCAGUCAGGUGACCAGCCCGCUGUCCACCAGCUACAAGAGCACCACGGCCUGCACCGGCACAUCUAACGGCUACAGCAAGAGCCACACCAGCCCUGGAGGAGUAGGUGGAGGAGGAAGCCCUGGCAACAAAAGGCAAGAUCGUAGAGCCAGAGGAAGCCCCAAACACACAGACAUAGAGCCACAAGAUGCUGACGUGGACAUAAGACGAGUUCAGGCUGCACCAUCAGGAAUGGACAAGCCCCAGGUGUCUAAGGUCCAGUCUCGCUCUGCACUGGUGUCUUGGACUUCUGCUUUCUCGCCGAGCGCCUCUGGACUGGGAUGGCAAGGGGACGGGACCCUUCCCUCCUGCAAUUACGAAUUACAGCUUUCAGAUAAGGGUCGGGAUGGGAAAUACAAGGUUGUGUACAGUGGUGAGGAACUGCAGUACACACUCACUGACCUCAGACCAGCCACAGACUAUCACGUCAGAGUAAACACAGUGUGUAACUCUGUGAAGGGUCCCAGUUCAGAUGUGAGGGCCUUCACUACCCAUAGUGCCCCUCCUGAUACCCCUCUACCCCCCAGACUGUCCCAUCGUACCAAGAGCUCCCUCACAUUACAGUGGAAGCCCCCUGUGGACAAUGGCUCCAAAAUCACCAAUUAUAUUCUAGAGUGGGAUGAGGGUAAAAAGAACAGCAUUUUCCGUGAGUAUUACGUUGGACAUCAGCGACACUGCAAAGUCAUGAGGUUGUGCCCUGCUGUCGGGUACACAUUUCGAGUGGCAGCACUAAAUGACAUCGGCACCAGUGGAUUCAGCACAGCAGUUGUCUUCUACACCACAGGAAGCCUGCCACAGACAUCCUUACCACCACGGCUGGUACUGGCAGGUCCAUCCUGGGUUACGCUGGAGUGGACCCGACCGAACAGCUGCAGCGUUGAGGAGGUGGUUACAUACACCCUGGAGGUGCAAGACGAAACAAAGGGACUGGAGUUUCAGGCAGUUUAUAGCGGUUUGGAGCUGAACCAUAAGGUGGAGCCUCUAAGAAGAAACACACUGUACAGAUUCAGGCUCAUCAUCUGUAGUGGCGAGUGGCGCAGUGCACCAAGCUCUUUGCUCGUGUGUAAGACGACCCCAGACAGACCUGGACCCCCAUUGAAUCCUGCAGUAAACAGAGUUACAUAUCAUAGCUUCUGUGUGACAUGGGAACCUCCACAAGAUGACGGUGGAUCUGGAGAGUUGACUUACAUCCUGGAGAUAUCAGAAGGGAAUAUUGAAGCAGAGAGGCAGUGGGCGACUCUUUAUAGAGGACCAGAAAAGAAACAUUUGUGUAAGGAUCUAAAACCAGCAACAUGCUACUCCCUCAGACUCAGCUGUGUCACUGUUGGUGGACAAGGCCAGUGCUCUGAAGACUUGACGGUGUGCACUUUGAGCCUGCCCCCUGGCCGCUGUCAGCUCCCAAGAGUUGUCGGUAACAUCAAACACAAGGAGCUGAAUUUGCAAUGGGAUGGUCCUUUGUGUGGUGAAAAGAGUGAAGGCAUAGAGUUUAGUUUGGAGAUGUGUGCAAUGGAGGAGGGAUCAGAGCCAGUGGAGGUGUAUCAUGGAUCUAAAACAGAGUGUACUGUGGGGAGUUUGCUUCCUGGAACCACCUACAGGUUCAAAGUUCGUGCAGCUAACAAGACUGGGUAUGGGCCAUACUCUGAGUCUGUGGAGAUUAGCACUGCAGCUGGCCCCCCAGGCCAGUGUAGCCCCCCUGACAUUAAUGUGACGUCAUAUACCUGUGCUGUUGUGACUUGGGAGAACAAAGAGAGCUCUGGAGUAGACAUUUCUGAGUACCGGCUGGACUGGGGACGUGAUUUGGACUCUCUUGAACUGGUCUACAGUGGAACAGAAGCCUACUUCCAAAUCUCCAACCUGGAGGCAUCAACAGACUACUGCUGCAGGCUACAGGCAGUGAACCAGGCAGGGGCGGGCCCCUACUGUGAGCUGGUGACAUGUCGAACCCCUGCAGCGGCCCCUGAUGUUGUGUCCGGCUUUCUCCUGCAAGACUACCCUCCAACCCCAACAGACAGUGAGUCCUUCUCCCCCUCCACCUGUCUGGCCCUCAUCUGGGAUGAGCCGUGCUGUAACGGAGCAGAGAUCACCUCCUACAUCAUCUGUAUGGGAGAGAGCACCAUCACCAUUGGAAACAAAACCUGUCACAUUAUCAGGGACCUGCUGCCGGACAGCGAGUACAGCCUGCAGAUUCGAGCAGAAAAUGAAGUGGGCGUCGGGCCCUUUAGCCAGACCCUAACAGUGAGGACCAGACCCCUGCCCCCGUCUCCGCCCCGGCUGGAGUGUGCUGCGGUGGGACCACAUAGUUUGAAGUUACGUUGGGGCUUCAGCAGCAGGAGUCCAGUUACAGAUGACACUGCCUACAUCCUGCAGAUGGAAGACAGGAACCAGAGGUUUGUAGUGGUUUACCGAGGUCAGAGCCACACAUUUAAGAUCCAGAGACUGAGUGAAUCAAGCCGCUACAAUUUCCGGAUCCAUGCAGUGAGUGAAGCAGGCGAGGGGCCAUUUUCUGAGACGUACACUUUCAGCACCACCAAAUCUCUGCCGCCAACACUGAAAGCUCCGAGAGUUGUUCAGUUGGAGGGAAAUGCCUGUGAGGUCACAUGGGAGAGCAUUCCACCAAUGAGAGGAGACAGAAUUAGCUAUGUACUACAGGUGCAGGGAGGCAGAGAUUCUGAGUCUAAACAGGUGUAUAAAGGAGAAGACACAUCCUUCCAGCUCUUUGGCCUUCAGUGGAACACAGACUACCGGGUGCGAGUGUUUGCAUGUAGGCGGUGUGCAGACACCCUCCAGGAGCUGUGCGGGUCCUUCAGCACCUCCGCACACUUCACCCCCCGCCGGUCUGACACCACACUGGCUGUGGAGCCAGAAAUCACCAGGGUGCCCAUGGGAAAAACCCUCUCAGAUGAACAGUUUGCCAGCCUCAUAGUUUUCGGGGUGGCCUCUCUCUCUGUCUUAAUGGCCUUCCUGCUUCAGCUUCUCAUUUAGAGGUCUGGAACGUCAAUCCUUCAAUUUGUUUUUUAAAUUGCAGCUUGCAAAUCUGUUAAUGCAGUUUGUUUUACAGUGAUUAUUGGUCACUGGCCAAAUUACACUUUUUACAUCUGAAUAUUAAGAACAAUCAACUGAACAGGUUUGACUUUUUUUUUUUAAUGUUUUUUACUGUUUUUCUACAAGAUGAGUUAGAGCUUUAACAAAUCAGUAAUGAUAAAACAAACUGUUCGUGGUCUGUGUCCUUGUUUUUUUAAUGUUUAAAAAGCUGUAGAAUAUUUUCAUAGUAUUAUUAGUAUCUAUAGGAGAUGUUUAACACUAAAAUAAUAAGUGGCCUUUCUGAUCUCAUAUUAUGCAAUAAUGGAAUCUCAGAUGGAAGUCUGAGGAGUUAUGAUGUUAUGGUCAGUUUUGAAGUCCACUGUUUAGUUCUUUACACGAUCAGGUGUCUAUACAGCUGAACAGAAUCAGUACUUUCCUUCUUUUUGUGCCCCUCAAAAAAAGUCCCUUCUUAAAAGCUAAUGAAAAACUGUAGGAAAGUUGUUUCUUCUGUCUCCCUGCCAUUUGUCUUUUGAAUCUUAAAGAAAAAGUUUCCUUGGGCCUUUUGUACAAAAGAAAAAUCAAAACAGACAAAAAACAUCAGCAACUGUCAGUCCAAAGAGAGUCAAAUGACAGUCUUUGCAAUUAUCAACGUACAAUGUUGUGAAGUCUGGAAUGUUUGUACCUCAGGGACUUGGGAGGCCCAGAUUACUGUUAAUGAGGUGAUAUGAACCUGUGCCUUGAAAUCCACAUUUCCAAACAUUUGUGACAAAUCAUUUCAGAUCUGCUGCUCACAGUGUUCCAUUAACCCUUUCUCCUGAUCACAUUAUCAAGUACAUGAUCAUGUUUACUAGCUCAAUCAGCCCUUAACCAAAGUUAGUGAGCAAAUACGAUAUAACAGGUUUGUUAGAUUUAUUUAUGCUAUAUUCUUGUACUUUUAUAAUGCAAAUCACAGUGCAAUCUUCAUUUAUUUAUUACAAGAAUCGAGAACUGUCAUAUUCAAUAUUUUUCUUCAUGUAACAUGUCUUUUUAUGACAAAUUUUUUAUUAUAUUUUUCAAAUAUGAAACAGCAUUUGUAACAUCAUUAACCUGUCAUAUUUCAGCUAGAUUUUCAUUUGUUUGUAUUCUGAUUGUAGUUGUUUUUUUCAAUGGCAUAUUCAGACAUUUUUUAAAUAUAAUGUUCAACCUUGAUAUUUUCCACCUGCACAAAGAGCAAGUUUAAGCCUUUUUUUAAUCUUUUAUUUUUUAUUUUUUAUAAGAAUUUGUCUUUUCUUUCAAUCAAGAUAUUCAGCUAGUCCUUACCUAGUAUGCAUUGGUGGACUUAUUAGACAAAUAUUCCAUUGUAUUUCUGAUUGAAAUAAGUUGAAAUGACUUGACACUAGAAAACUUGAAGUGGAAACACUUGAAGAAGACUUUUUUUUACUCCUUAAGACUAUUUAACCUAAACUCAAGUCCCAGAGUCUAUGUGUUUUGUGAAAAGUGAAAUGUUAAACUUUCAGAACUUUUUUUUCUUUUUUUCUUUGCUGUAUCAUAGUAUUUCGGGUAAUAAGUGGUCUAGUCAUAAUUUUCCAUGCUUGCAUAUCGUCACACAAAAAUCAUUCCAUAUUACCAUUUUAUAUUACUACAAUAUGUCACAUUUAUUGAUGUAAAUUAUAAUCGUAGACAUUAUAUUUAAAAAAAAAAAAAAACUACCAUAUCAUUUUAAAUGUAUAGAUAUUGAAAAUACUACCCUUUGUAUUUAAGAUGAUUAUGUAUCUGUAGCAUAUAUGUAAUAUAUUUAUACACAAUAAAUUUUUUUAAAUUUC